AUGGCAAAGGUGGCACACGAACCGCCAGCACGUGGCCCGACCAACGGGACCGAGGAUUGUGUCGAUGUGGAGUCUGUGGUAGAACCGACUCGGCCGAGUGAGGUUCACCCAAACCAUGAACCUCCCAGCAUGGCAUCCCCAGUCGGCCUGUUUGGCAAAUUUGGCGUGGGCACGAAAGGCAAGACAAAGUCAAAAAGUCGACUGCUUCUACGAACCUCGACGCGGGAAGUCCUCAGCUACAGGACUCUGACGCUUGCUGAAUCUGCGUACGAGAACGCAUUUCUAAUGCGUUUGAUUACAAAGACCACACUGGGCAAGGCGCACCUUCUGCUACUAGUGAAUUUUUUCUUGCAAUAUUCAGUUGUGUAUUUGCUGUCUGAAAGAACCACAGGGAAUCAAAGCCUGAUCAAGACCAAGUUGUUCGGGCAAUCUAAUGCGAUAGAUGCAACGGGUAUAUGCUGGCAGCGUGAUGGCGACACUCGAAUAUCCUGCACACCGGAUGAGGUGGCUCUAAGCGUAGACUUCGCUGUCCUGGACCGUGAUGGGGAUGGCAGGUGGACGUUUGCGGAGGCAGAGGCCCUCAGCAGCACUCAUCAUGCGACAACUGGACGCUAUGUGAACAUGACAGAGUUCUACAAGAACAUUUUCCGUACGAUGCAGCAAUACGCUGGACCUAGGCAUACAGAAUGCAGUCUGAAUGACAACAUACAGGCCUUCGACAGGGAUCGUGGAUUCUGGUCUGAUGCCUCCAUCGGAAAUAUUACGAGCGAUGGACAUGUGGUUGUGAACUACGUGGAUGCAGCGAAGCAGGCAUCGUGGGCAAGAUACAUUCCGAACAGCCGUCUGCGGAAGCAGCUGAACGGAUCAAUCUACAGCUGCAAUGUGCCGAAGUGCGUAGACAUGGAUAAUGGUGCCACUGACUCGAGUGAGCUGGCAUGCGCAGGCUACAAUGGCUUCGAUGCAUGUGCAGGCCAGUGGGACGACGACGACUUUCAUGUCAAGCAGCUGUGCUGCACAUGCGGCGGGGGCUCUUACAGCCUAACGCUCACUGGUUUGGGUCACCUUCCUGUGAACCUCCCACUAGACGACUUCACGAACGUCCGGGACUUCAGGAUUUGCAUGCAGAGUGCUGUGCAAGAAGUGCAACAGGAAGACUGCAUCAUCAAGUACACUUCCAUACCUCGCCACGUUUAUGAUGCAGAAAUUACCACGUUUGCCCAUUUCUGUUUAAUUCCUGAGAGUGACCUUUGUGGCAAUCUGCAUGACCAGCAGCUACUCCCUCCUUGGACUGUUGAGAUCUCGUCGUCCGUGCCCAUGUUCAUGAAGAUUGCAGGUCUAAGCAGCACAGCUUCUCUCGGCCAGCUGGAUGUUUGCGAGAAAGCAAUUCAGACGUUCUGUCGGCGAAUCUAUACUGUGCAGGCGACCCUUUUUCUGGAGCAGCGGCUGGACGUUUGUGGCAAGAAGUCGAGCCAAAUCACCCGCAAUAAGAAGGUUGUCCGCUAUGCAGCAAGCGAAACAUAUUCAGACCCAACCUUUGGGCUCACUUCGCUUCUUUUUCAGGGAUUCCUUUUUUUGAUAGUAUUUCUUUGGGGCUUGGCAUCCGUCACGGAGUUUCGAAACAUUCUAGUAUGGUGGAAUAUCGUAAGCUCAUUGCCCAAGGAAGAUGCUGAAGACUGCUUGUUGUACCAGCUACCAGAGGAUGCUGAGGACGAAGCGGAAGCGACGCUGGAGGUCGUCGGCCUGACGACGCAACAUCGAGUGUCUACGGUCCUGCUCAACCUCCUGCCUCGCAGCGCUCUGCAAGGAUGCAUUUUUAUCGUCGGUAUUAGGUACCUGCUAUCCGUCAGGAAUGUCUCCGACCUUAUUCUGAACAGCCUGGCCUUGACCUUUCUGGUUACAGUGGAUGAGAUGCUUUUUGCCGCUUUCGCUGGGGAGCAGAAUGCUGCAUGGAUCCAGAACUGUAAGCCACUUCGUGGACGGUCGUUCUGGUGGCUCGAUUGGAUUCUACGAAAGACAGCGAUCCCUGUUGGAUUAUUGAUAUUCAUACCAAUUCUUGCCACGCUCGGCUACUUUGUUAUUGCAAACAAACUCUUGACAGACCAGCUUGCACACGCAACGUACUGCUUGUGCGACAUGAGUGGUGAUGUCUGUCAUGCUCGGCAGAUCUUGGCCGCAUUGGCAACAUCGUGA